CAUGUGUUUUUCUAAAAAUACCAUUCAUGUGCCAUGCCAACUUGUCUCAUUCAUAUUUUCCAUGCCUAAAGUAGGUGAGGUCAUGAUUAUAUGCAAAAUAUUCAAAACCAAACAGCAAACAACAUUAAAUUUUGGAUUCCACUCAAUUUCCAUACAUACUUAUCCCAUAACCCAAUCUUGUCAUAGUUGUCUUGUCCUGUCUUUGUCCUUGUGAAACAAUGGAGCAAGAAAACCAACAUCCAAUGAUAAUUGUGCAUGAUAAUGAAGAACAACAAGAAGAAGUAGAAGAUUUAUCAUUGAAAAUAACCUUUCCACAUGUCAAAGACAAUAACAACACAACUGUGGUUGUGACAUCCUCUUUUGUUAGUAAUGGUCAUAGCAAUGGAACUUCAACAAUUGUCACCGACUUAGAUGAGUUUUCUUUGCAAAAAGAUGAAGAACUUGAAAAGAAAAGAAAUGUUGGUGAAUGUAACAGUGAUAAAGAACAAGAUUGUGUACCUGUUGGACUUGGACUAGUUGCUAAUUUUGUUGGAGAAGCCAUAAAAGAUGAUGCUAUUUUUGGCUCUGAAUCUUCUGAUAUAUUCCUCCAGAACAAGAACAGUGUUUUCUUUGACAAACAACAAGGAGUGUGGAAAUGUCACCAUUGCACAUGGUCGACCAAGCCAUUCGACAGUCCUAGGACUGGUCCCAUGUGGAAUCUUAAAGGGUACCCUGACUUGCCGAUGAAUGUCAAAACUUUGAUUCAACAUGGACCUUGUUUUGUUUGGGAAACUAAAGGCAAUGAAGUUAAUGGACUUGACAGAGUUCACAACGGCGAUGCUACCAAUCAUGAGGAGAGUAAACUUGAUGAACAGGUGGAAAAUUCAGCUAUUCAAACUAGUUUACGCGGUGAAGUUCAUGGAAUUAAUAGAGUUCAAAAUGAUGAUAUUACCAAUCAUGAGGAGAGUAAACUUGAUGAACAAGUGGAAGUUCAUAGACAUCAUGGAGUUCAAAACGGCGAUGCUACCAAUCAUGAUAACAAAGUUCCUUCCAGUUCAGAAUUAUCUGCUUUACAUAACUCAUCCGACAAACAAGCAACACCUGCUGUGAAUUCUAACGAAGAAAUCAUACAGGAACUUAACUCGAUAAAAGAAACUGACCAGCAAGAGAAAGAGUAUGAUGUUGAGUUAGUAAUUGCAAAACAAGAGACACAUGAUUUGUAUUGUCCUAAUUGCAAAUCUUGCAUCACUAAAAGGGUUAUCCUCAAGAAAAGAAAAAGGAACAAUCAGAUACUAGACAACAAAGGCAAGCGCGAUAGGUUGGACAGUGUAGUUGACAAUGAUGUGGUUAAUCCUGAUAGUACUACACAUGAAGCUAACCAAGGUAAUUAUGAAAAAGUAACAUCUGAAAUUACCAGUAUGGAUCCACCUCCUGCUCCUGUUACUGCUGCUGCUGCUGCUGCCGAUGAUGACGGUGAUGAUCAUCCUGAGAAAGAAGUGGAAGUAUUCAGAUGUUUAUCAUGCUUCAGCAUAUUUAUUCCUAGUGGAAAAGGUUUCAAUCUGUUCCGUAAUUUUGGUGGGGCCAGCAAGGAUGAAACUUCGCAAAAUUCUUCAAAUAUACCAAGCUCCAGUCCAAAUUGGUUCAUCUCUUUAUUUACUUCAAAUAAGAGGAAAACAGCUACUGAACCAGCAGGUGACACUUCCCAAGAAUAUUCUACCACUGAUCCUGCUGACCAGAACCAGUCAACAAUUACUUCACCUUUACUAUCCUCCUCUGAUAUUGGUCAUCCAGAAGGUACACUUGGUGAUGCAGAUCUGAUUAAGAAUGUGAAACCGACGUCAGAUGUUAAUCAUGGACGUGAAAGAAUGAAUUCUACAAUUUCCUCAAAUGGAGUGCAGAGCGUUGUGCAGGAUUUCAUAGAUUUUUCAGAAAAAGAGCAGUCGCUGACCAGAAAACUGAGGACCGAUAACAGAGGGAAAAACAAGACUUCAGUGGAUACAACAAAUACAAAUACUGUUGAAGUUACGUCCUCAACGAACUUUUCUAAUGGGACGGUAUCUGAGUAUAAAAGUGUUAAAUCAGUAACUACUACUUCUAGUGAAACAUUUGUUAAUUCUGGAGCAACUGCAAAAGGCGCCAUUCUGAAUCAUUAUCAAGAGAAACCUGAAUUCAUUGUUCCGACAAGUACAACCAUAGCGUCCCUAAUUGUUGAGAAGUUACCAAAAGAUGUGAACCAAAUGCCUGAAAUUGUUAAGAAUAAUGAUUAUGAUUCCUCUUUGAGGCAAGAUGGAGCACAAUCACCAGUUCAAUCCUUUGACAGCACAAGUUCUGCAAUAGAUGGUAUAUUUCCAUCAAAAACAGAUAUUACACUGAUUGAUACAGUGCGAAAGGAUAUCAAUGGGAAGAUAAAUCCUUCUGUUAUAAAUGAAAAUAAAGGUGAUGUGAUUGUUGUUGUUGAUGAAGAAGCAAAUGAAUCAACAACAUUGCAGACAGAAGGUAAUGUUCCAAGGGAUGGUGCUAUUGUGACAGAAUCUCCAACUCAAGUAGAUAUUGGUGAACAACCUAGAAAUGAAGUUGGUGAACCAAAAAAGUGGGAAAUAGUUAAAAGCAUUGUGUAUGGUGGUUUAGUUGAGUCAAUCACAAGUCUAGGAAUUGUUUCAUCUGCAGCUAGUUCUGGUGCUACCCCAUUGAAUAUUAUUACAUUGGGAUUUGCAAAUCUGAUUGGUGGACUUUUCAUCCUUGGUCAUAAUCUUAAAGAGUUGAAAGAUAGCCAUUCUCGAGGGCAACAACUGCAAACAAAUGUGCAAGAUCGAUAUCAAGAACUACUAGGAAACAGAUCAAACUUCGUCUUUCACGCUGUUAUAGCUGUUUUUUCAUUCCUAAUAUUUGGUUCUGUCCCCCUCAUUAUAUACGGCAUCUUGAUUAAUAAGAACUACUAUGAUGAAGUUAAGCUUGCAAUAGUGGCAGCAACUUCUGUUGCAUGCAUCAUUCUGCUUACUGUUGGGAAAGUUUACACCAGAAGGCCACCUAAAUCCUAUAUCAAAACUGUGUUGUACUAUGUCACAAUGGCACUUGCAGCCUCAGGACUAUCUUACAUAGCAGGCAAACUAUUCAAGGAUCUUUUAGAGAAAUUCAACCACUCAGAGUCAGGUUUUGCUAUUAACAUGCCAAUAUCAGACACAAGUAUGGAAACAACAUGGAUGUCUUCCUGAAAGAGUUGAGAGAAUUAGAACUUUAGAAGGAGCUUGGGUUUCUUAGAGGGAUCUUCAAAGGGAGUCCUUUGAGGAACUUUGUUAGGAAAAAAAAAAUGCACCCUCUAAUCUUAAGAAUAAAUAAAAAGUCGAAUAUAUCUGGUCCAAAUAUGAACCAAAUACAUUUGACUUUUUGCUUAUACUUAAGACUUGGAAGUAGUAUCAGCAUGUGGUACUAACAAGCAACCUUUUUCAUUUGACGGUUCAUCUUAAGUUUUGUUUUAGUGAUUCUUGUUGGUAAAAAUAGAAAUAAGUAAAGGAAAAAGAUGUAUGUUACAAAAGUGCCCACGGAACUAACGAUUAAGUACAUUUUUUCCUCCACUACCCACCCAUGUAUUAUUUCAAAUUCAAUCACUAACUUUCGUUUUUCCCAAA